UUUACUGCUGGAACGUCUGUUCUUGAUGAAGACAAACAUGAGAUACCCCCGAAAUCGAUUUUAUUUACAAGUUUUUCAGACAUCAUAACAGGGAGGUUUGACAAACAUGUUCUGAUUCGUGAGUAUGGUUUUUGGUUUUUUUAUUGUCUCAUGUUUUGAUGCAUUAUAGCCGUGUGAAAUUAAUAAAUUUAUUUCAGAUGUCGUUGGAAUGGUGGAUAGUAUUGGUUAUGCGCAGACUGAGUCAGGUGCAAAGAAGCAGCAAAUUAGCAUGAUGUUGCGUGAUCACAGCAACAACAUGUUGAACUGUACUCUGUGGGAAUCAUACGCGGAUCAGUUCAUCAAGUUUAACAAAGUUAGGGUUGCUGCAUCACUACCUACAGUUGUGUUGCUUCAGUAUGCCAAAGUGAAGGAAGAAGGAAAGUAUCCUCUGUCUGUGACAAACACCUACAAUGUGACCCUUUUAUGUGUUGAUGCUGAUUUUCCGAUCAUGAAAGACUUUAUUGAUAGAAUGCCUGAGGAGAGCAAGGUAACCCUGUCUGACCAACUUGGAGGGAAUUCCCAAUAUUCCUCCCAAAGUUCUGAAAAUCAACAGCUCACUCCUGUGCAAAAAUUGUUCUCAAAGGCUGUUGUUUUGCCUAUUGCUGAGAUUAUUCAACUUACGGAUGUUACAUUUUGCGCUACUGUCGCUACAACAAAAUUAUUAGUAGCAUCUCCGUUUGGAUGGUUCUAUCGUGCCUGCCAUAUGUGUCAAUCUAUAGCGCGCGGGGACAGCCCCCCCUUUGAGUGUGAAGCUGGUCAUGAAACCAUGGCUGAAGUCCUUAGGUAUAAGAUUGAAAUUGAGGUUACUCACGGGGGCCAAAGCUGCAAUUUUGUCUUCUGGAACAGAGAAUGUGAAAUGCUGUUGGGUUUAUCUGCAUCGCAACUUCGUAACACUAUGAUUCAGGCUGGAAUUACUGAUCCAUUGGACUUUCCGUUAGCACUUGAUCAGUUGUUGAAGUUGGAAAUGGCUAUGAAGGUUAAGUGGCAUCCACGCUGGAAGAACUGUUCCGUCGUUAUGAUUAUAAAAAAUGAUCCUAUUAUCCAGCAACUUAAGGAAAAAUGGGGAACAGAUGAGGAACCUAUUCCAAUCCAAACUGUCGUACCUGAUACUCUGGAGAUUAAAGAGAGUGUUGAUGAAGCUAAAACAGAUGCCAAUGAAGACUGUGAAUUGGUUACAGACCUGGAAAUUACAUCUGAACACAAGCCGGAUGCUGUCACACCUGGUGGUAAGAGACAUCUUCCUGCUGCAUCAAGUGAAUCUAUUGAUGGGGAACUGUCAUCAAACAAGCUGAAGAAGAUAAUUAAAAUGGAGAAGAUUGAUUAGGAAUAUUUUUAU